AGCACUUGCCACACAGAUAUAGAAGGAAACGAGGGAAUUAUCAAAAAAAAAGAGACUAAAAGCGCAGCGCUUUUAGCAGCUGCGUACUUUUAUAUAUAUAUAUUUUUUUUUUUGUGCCGAAGACUUGGAGAACCAAGACGGACAUAAGCGCGCACCCACACACACACACACGGCAGUCCACCUUCCACAAAAGGCUGGCGUACAGGUUUUCUCUUUCAUUUUUUCUUUCGCGUGUGCGUACGUGCGUUUGUGUGAGCUCCGCCGGCAAAAGCAGAGUAUAUAUAACGGAAGAGGAAGGGAAAGCUACGCGAAGUGUCUUUGAAUGCAAACGAUUCUUUUUCCCUUCUUCCUUUUUUUAUCAUUAUUAGUAGCAUAGAGCGAAUAUAUAUAUAUAUAUAUAUUUAUUUAUUUAUUUAUUUAUUUUUGAAGAUCUACAUCAUCUGCAGCCCGCCCCUCAUUACGCGGGGGGGUGUACACGUCGCUUGAACACACUCCAGUCACGCUUUGCUUGUUGCUUUUCACCUACAUACAUUGUUUUUCUCGGCUUAUUGGUUUUCCUCUUCUUUCUUUUUCUGAGUAAGCAGCUCCGAGAGGCACCUGUUUGAGGAGAAGCACGUUAACGAGUGGUGUAGUAGUUUCUUCGCUCCCUCUCUCUCUCCGCCCAUCUCGUCUCCUCGCGUGUCUACGAUUAUUAUCGCGCAGUGUUUUUAUUACUAUUUUUUUCUUUCAAUUGAUUUUCUUAGUCGGGUGGGGGGCUUAACGGCAUCAACACCAUCUCCUCUUCCCCUCUUCCUCCUUCUUUUCUUUUGUCUUUGGGGGACAGAAGAAGUGGGGCGAACGGCGGACAAAUAGAAGAGCCACCGAGCAGGUGAACGCAUCCGACUUCUCUGUAUAAACAGCGUUGUGUACUUUUACUGGACCUUCUUUGUUUGCGCUGUGUGUUGCUGCUGGUAGAGGCUGCGGCGCGUCUCAGCAGUUCUUUGUCAUUCUGUCUUGAUCAUAUUUUUCCUUUUUACGGCCUUCGCCUCCGUCCACAGCAAAAAAAAUCAAAGGAGCGCCAAAGGAGCAGUUCAAGCGGCGAUGCGCCUUUUUAAUGGAGAGUCGCUGCUCGGGCGGCCAAAUGCGCUCACCGGCCAGCGAGCACAGAGGAGGCGCGGUCUUGCCAUGGCAGCGGCUGCUGCCGCUCUCUUCGUCCUCUGCGCUGCCCUCUGCACGUCGUCCGCCUUUGCGGCCAUGACCUUCUCCACCGCGAACGUGCAGCAGGCCUCUCUCUACCAGACAAUCCAGAUUGACCUGCAGACGAACCCGCUCGUCGGCGACCCGGCCAUCACCGCCGGCGACGUCGUGUACUUUAUUAACUCCACCAACCGGCCCGCCUGCGCCUACACGACGAGUCCCACCAACGCCUUCGCCGUGACCCCCACAGGCACCGGCGGCUUCACAGGUCAGAUGAUUGUCCCCAUCACCCCCACCGCGUUUACCGUCGGCGCGACCUACUACCCGUGCUACCUGUCCGCCAGCGCGUCGACAGCGACAGUUGUGGUACGAGGCCACGUCCCGGCCGGCGGUAACGACACCCUCGCGGUGUGGUCGACCAUCUACACGCGCUUCGCCAUGACCCCGACGACGGCGAAUGGGGGAGAGGGCCUCGUGCAGCUGAACAUCGUCCAGGCCGUCGUCGCUGGUCGGGCCAUCAACACCGGUCUCACCGGCACCUACACCGUUCUGCUCGUCCCGUGCGGCAGCACGACCGGUGCGAUCACGAGCGACUGCGCGAAUCCUUCGUCACUCGUGACGGCCUGCGACGCCGUUGGCACCUCAUCCAACACGCCGUCCUCUGUCAUUUCGCUUUCCGGGCUCUCUGGGCAGAGCACCGGCUCCGUCACGGGCAGCUUCACCGUGCCUUACGCACCGCGUGCGGGCGGCUACUACAUUUGUGUGCCCUACUGCUUCAGCAGCAGUGCGGGUUGCGGUGGGUCCUUGACGGCGAUGUCGUACACAGUCGUCGUCCCCUCUGCCGGCAGUGCGGCGGACUACACGGUGAGCUUCGGCGGCGCCGACCCCGGCGUCUACACGCGGACCCCGACGUCCCCGCAGGCGAGGGAGGCCGGCUACGUUUUCUUCUCCGGCAGCGGUCUGUCCGCCUCGGAUGCGAUCAAGGUCAUCCGCAGCGCCGACGCCUGCACCUCCCCGACCGCCUCUCUCAUCACAAACUUCGAACACGGCGCCGUCGAGGUGGUGUCCACGACGGGCAGCACGACAAACGUGCGCGUGUACUUCGUCGCGCCAGACCUGGUCACCGCCCGGGUGGUGGGCAGGGUGUGCUACUUCCGCGCCAGCAGCGGUCUGUGGUCGACGGCCUACCUCUCCGCGACGAACCAGACGGCAGACUUCACCAUCGAUGUGCUGCAGCCCACCGGCUUCACGAUUACGGCUCCCUCCGCGACCCCCACCGUCGGCGAGACGCUCACGAUUGCGUUUGCCGGGAGCGGGUUGGACGGCGGGGUUGACUUGGCGUUUCUUUCCUCGGCCACCACCGGUGAUCCGUGCAGCGCGGGCCGUUCACCUGUGGGGGGCAGCAGUGGCAGCAGCAGCGGUACGGAAGCCGCGUCAUCGAGUGCGGCGACCAACAACGACGUCUUCAGCUGCACGAUGAGCGGGGGCACGACGGCGCCAACCUGCACCGUCACCGUAGACCCCGUCAACAACAACCUCGCGAUGGACCUCCGCGUUUGCUACUUGAAGGGCAGCAGCGCGAGUCAGCAGACGAACUACGCACAGAUUAGCGGUAGGGUCUCGCUCGGCGCACGCAACCCGACCUACGCCAUCACGCCCUACCCCGUCUACGCCGGCGAGUCCGUCAGUCUCGUCUUCACCGGGGUGGGGCUCUCCGCCGAUGACACGGUGCAACUCAUGCAGCCGGAUCGCACAUGCAGUGACCGGGGCGGCGUGGUGACCAGCGCGACCCUGUCCUCUGCGACGGAGGUGAUCGCGGGCACCUCGUAUCAGUACACCCUCGUCGGCGCGGCGGAGACGUGCAUCAAGAUGUGCUACAAGCUCUUCGGCUCCUCCAGCUGGAUCGUGGCCCGUGCGGGGGUGGACCAGAGCGCCGUGUCCUCCAGCUGCGCGGCGACGAACAUUUAUAUCGCGACCUUCCCGGUGCGGUACACCAUCACGAACCUCCCCGCGACCCCGGGAAGUCAGCUCACGGUGGCGGAGACGGCUACUGUGCGCUUCACCGCCGCCAGCGGGCAGUCCUUCACCUCGACCACCUCCCCCACCGCCGUCAAGGUUGUGCAGGUGGCCGACAGCUGCGUGACGGCCCCGUGCGGUGCGGCGCAGAUCGCAGCGUGUGCCCAGGCGCAGGCGGCCACCGACUACACCAGCGCCGUCACAGGCAGCGGCGGGGUCUCCUACACGUCUCUCAUGCAGGUGAGCACGGCGAGUGUGAACUACGUGGUCUGUGUGGCGACCUCGAGCGGGUCGGGCGUCUUCGUGCCGGUCCUCCCGUCCAGUCAAACCUCCGCGACAAGUACCGCCUUCGGAUUUACCUCCGCGCCGCAGAACCCGACGCUGACGACGCGCGCACCGUCGACGUGGCGGGUGGCAAUGAACACGCUCACCACCACCUUCACCGGCAUCGCGCUGAACGCGGCAACCAACGUCAUCUACGCCGUGUCCGCAGCGGCGCUGCAGACUCUUUACACCGUCAACGGCACGACGGUCGCCGUCUGUCCGCCGGUCUCGCAGACGCCCGCGACGAUCCUCGUGUCCGCCGUGAUUGGCGGUGAGAGCAGCAGCACCUCCGUGCGCGUGCGCUACACCCGCGCCGACCAGCUCUACGACGGCGCGGUUGUGUACUUGUGCUACGCGUGGUCUACCGACAACGGAGGCGCGCACAUCACCAUGGCCGGCACCGUCACGGUCGCCGCGGCGAUCCCGUCAUCGAUGGCGUGGGUGAUGCCGACGAACACCUCCACCCUGCGCGCCGGCCAGGCCAUCAAGAUGAGCUUCACGAGCAACCUGACGAGUCUCUCCGCCGUGAACGACGCCGUGUACUUCUACCGCUUCACCGCCUCCUCCAUCCCAAACCCGAACUGCUACUGCGAUCCGACGGCCUGCGCGCGGGGGAUGCGGGUUUCCUACUCGCCAAACACGACGCAGACGAUCUCUACCACGGGCAGCAUCACAGACGACACGAACACCUACAGCGCCCCGCUCGGCUUCAACAACUACGACUACGUCGCUGUGUACAUCAUCUGCUACGCCACGGCAGGUCAAGCCGCGGACACGUACGUCGGGCGCGUGACGGUCGCGCUCGCCAACCCAACCUACUACACGCUCGACAGCGUUGCGAGCCCGCUGAAUCGCGUAGGGGCCCCCAUCAACAUCACGGUGGUGCGUCGCUGCCUCACGUCGUCGUGUACGUCCCUCUCCCUGACCGAUUCCCUGCGAUUGGUGUCGAGUUCCGUGCAGUGCGCUGAUCUGACCAGUGCGUCACUGACGCUCGCCGCCGCAAGUUCCAGUCGCAGCAACACCAACACCGGCAGUUCGAGCCCGCUGCGGGAUGCGGAGUCAGACGAUGUACAGGCCAUCGGCGACCCCGUGCUCGGCGCCAGCGGGCUGUCCUUCAUGCGCCGCUUUGUCGUGGACACCGUCGGCACCUACCGCGUGUGCUACCGCCUCGCCAGCGAGACCACCUACGGCGAGGUCGUCUUCUCCAACUCCUACGUGCGCACGUACGUGACGGUCGCGUCGGCGAACCCGCUGCUAUACACGUCAGUGCCCGCCGUCCCGUCCGCUGGGCAGUUCGUGACGAUCAACCUGACGUGCAGUGUGAUGACGCUGUGUAGCACCUGCACCAUGGUGCGCAUCGUGCCGGGGGAGCGCGCGAGCUGCUGGGAGGCGGUGACUGGUACCUACAGCAGCGACUCCUGCCUCACGGUGACGUCGGUGCAGUUCCCGGAUCAAUACUUCGCGGCUGGCACAUACACCGUGUGCUACGGCGGCACCCUCUACACCUCCCGCCGUAUUCCAACGUCGCUCACCGUGGCAGCCGCCAACCCGGCCAGCUUUACACCGACGUCCUCGAGCGGCAAUAGCGUCUUCACCAACCAGGGCUCCAACUACACACUGGACAUCACCGGCACGAGCCUCGCGACGGCGGAUACGGUCUUCCUCUUACCGGAUUCCGGCUUCUCCUGCCACGACCUGCGCACCGGCGAGAUUCAGAGCGACGGGCAGCUGGCCAGCUGGUUGAAUCCGAGUGUGUCGCCGUUCCCUCUUACGCUGACGGCGGCCGGCGUGGCGUGGGUGGUGUCGAACCAAGACAAGCGCUUCGGGGUAGGCAUACUGUUUGACACGGACCUGUGCCCUGGCGAGGGGGCGCCCUGCGCGUUCAAGCUGUGCUACCUGCGUGCGGGCACCUCGUGGGCGCCUGUCACGUACCUCCCUGUGACGCCCUCCAGCGGUUCGUCUCCGGUGCCGACGGGUGUGCAGCUCGUCGCCUCGAACCCGUCCAGCGUCGAGUUUGACCGCUACCCCCUCGCCAUCGACAUGUACGUCAUGGCCACCGUGCGGGGGGCCGGUCUCCAGCGCACCGACACCGUCAUCAUUCACGAGACGAACUGCGCCGGCGCCGCCAUGACCACUGCGGUCCAGGCCGCCACCUACGUGAGCGCCUCUGCAACGGAGUGGGUUGGCGUGCUGCGCGUGACCGGCUCGGCAAGCAGCUACGCCGUCUGUUACUGGCGCGCCACCGUCGCGACGGAAAUCGCAAGCAUCAGCUUCACUGGGCAGACGGGCACCACCGCCGUGCUCAUCCUCACGACGCCGCUGUACUACAUGCUGAGCCCGGCGAACUUCACGACCGCCACGACCCCCGUCACGCACUACGAGCAGCUCAUCGUCGGUGGCAGCUUUACGUCGACCGGGGCGGUGGGCACGGCGCUGACCUACGCGCAGGUGAUCACCGUCGACACGUCCGUGGCGGAGUGCAACUACGCGCCGUUUCAGAGCAUCGCCGGCAGCAACGCGACGACCUUCCCCAUUGCCGUGACGCUCAGCAGCGUGCCGGACAGUGCCAGUGCCGCCCUCCCCCUCUUCCAAGGCCGACUGAACGUCGCCACCGGCCGGUACGCGCUGUGCAUGAACACGUCGACCGGUCUCUUCCGCGCCGUAGCGACUCCGCCGGACGCGCCCGGCACGGCGGGCAUCGCAACGGCGCUGACGGUGAGGGCAGCCGCCCCCGGCACGUACGCCUCCGUCCCCACCAACCCGAUGACCGGGCAGAUCGUUACGUUGACCUUUGCCCUGGUCGGCAACGACUCCUCCCCGGACGUGGCGCUGGCGGCGGGCGAUACGGCGCAGAUCAUCGACGGCAGUCUCUACGAAUGCGGUUUCUCCAACGCGACCAUCCUCGCCGAGGGCUUGACGACCCUCGGCCCAGCCACCCCCACCCCCACGACGACGGUGACGCUGACGCUGCCCAUGACGGUGGUGCGCAACGGGGUUCCUGUGUCGAUUGCGCAGAGGUCCUUCACCGUGUGCUACCGCAAGCAACACAGCACCUUUGCCACAUCGCCGGUGACGGGCGGGACGGUGGACCGCAACUUUUUCGUGAUGUCGCAGGUGCCGACGCAAUGGACCGCCGUCCCGACGCAGGCGCAGGUGGCGGCGCCCAUCAACAUCACGUUCUACGGUGACAGCAACGCUUCGGAUUACCUGACGGCGCGCGACACGGCCUUUCUGGUCCCCAUUCCCGAUGCUGCCACGCCAGACGCAGCGCUGUGUCUCACGUCGGCGGCGUCAUCGUCGACCUCCGUCGCGAGCAACUCCGCGGAGACGCGUCCGAUCAUUCGUGCAGGCACCAUGACAAAGCCCGGAAGCGUCAACACGCAGUGGAACGUCCCCGCCGGUCAGCUGCAAGUGGGCGCCUACAUGAUGUGCUACGUCGCCGCGAACAACGGCCAGCCCCUCUACGUCAGCUCCCCGGCAACCCUCACGGUGUACCCAACGCAGUCGCCCAGUGGGGCCUACAUCGCACGCAGUGCCACGACCGUCACGAACAACCUAAAUGUGUGGCAAGGUGAACGGGUGUACUUGCUUUUCGAGACCACGGUGGCGCUGAACGUGGUGCUGGACAACACCGCAGCGUCCUCGAGCUCCUCUGCCGGCGAGGCGGACUUCGAUGUGGUGCGCAUUACAACCGACAGCACGUGCGCUACGCCGCUGCUCGCUGGUGUUGUGGACGCCAUCCCGUCCGAGUUCGGCUACGCGGCGCUGGGCUUGGUGGACAGUACCACCGGUCUCACGAUUCCGUACCUCAACCUGCGCGUUCGCGCGAACGUGGGCAACUACUACGUGUGCAUGCGCCGCGCCCACCGCACGAGCACCGAGGCGUACUACAACUUUGAGGUGGUCGGGGGGCUCUACGUGAAUCCCGCCGUGCUGGCGGUGGCCGCGGCGCCCGUCUCGGCCUUCACGACGGCCCCCGGCACGCCGCGGGCAUGGGUGCCGCACACGAACGUGACGGCCACCUACGGGUCGGGCUUCAGCAUGUCGCGCAUCUUCCAGUUCUUCUUCGUCCCCUUCACCGGCAGCGGGGCGGUGACCGACAGCAACGAACUCCUGUUCGACUCGUGUUACCGCCCCAACAGCACGGCACAAGCCAACUCGACCGCCGUGACGCUGGUGAACCGAACGCUGCAGGUGUACCUGUCCUCUCCGAUGUUCACGCAGUACAGCUUUGGAACCGCCGGCACGUACCUGUUGUGCUACCAAGUCCAGGGCAACAACAUCGCCUCGGUGUACCCGUCCUCGUUGACGGUGCUGGCGGCCAGCCCGACCUCCUACGCGGUGCCAAGCGUCAUCGCGAUUCAGAACACCUUCACGAUGACCUUCAACGCCCCGGCUGCCAUCUUCGUCGCCACCUUCUCGCACGUCGCGCAGGUCUUCACGACGAGCGAUGCCACCGUCGUGCCGAACUGCUCCACCGGCGUAGCCCCUACCGGCGGCACAACACACUUCACCAGCUUCAGCGUCACCAGCCCCACCGCCGCGAGCGUGGUGCCGAGGCUGCUGACGUCCGGCUACUACUACGUCUGCUUCCUCACCUACACGACCACGGAGUACUACUUCUCCCUGCACGCCUUUGCCGUGCCGAAUGCCGCGGGCGGCUACGUCUUCUCGGUUGGCCUCACUGGUGCGCAGCGCUACACCGUUUCCCCGCAGCCCGCCUACCUCGGGCAGCUCCUGCACCUCGUCAUCACCGGCAACCAGCUGACGCGCAACGACCGGGUGAAGGUUGUGCGGGUGUCGCAGCAGGAGCUGAGCGGCAGCGGCAGCGUGGCGAGCAACAGCGAGGACUACACGGCGGUUUGCACCGCGUCUGCGCCGAACGCCGACGCCGCGGAGCCGAAUGGCGCGGCGGGCAGCGUCGUGAACAGCACGAAUGAAAUCGUGGCGGACUACUACCCCCGCGUGAACGAGACCGGCACCUUCAUCUUGUGCUAUCAGAGCGCGCUCCUCAGCGGGGCGUGGGUGUGGGUCACCGACGUGCAUCAGUUCACCGUGGGAUCCGCCAGCCCGACGCACUACGCCUUGUCUGUCAACCCACCGUACGAGACGGAGGUGCUCUACCUGUACAUCCACGACGCCCCUGCGGGUCUGCUGCAGGACGCCGAUCAGCUGAAGCUUGUCGACCGCGGCGCCAGCGGCUUCGACUGCACCCCGGCGGCCCCGAUGAGCAGCGCGAUUGGUCUGGUGAGCUACGUGCAGGCGGACAGCAACAGCAGCGUGCACGUGUACCGUCUGUGCGCCUCGUCGGUGGCCACCGUGACGGUGUGCUACGCGCUGGCCACCGCCUCGUCGGCGUCGACCACGAGCUGGGCGGAGGUGCCGCUGCAGUCACCACCGCCCACGUACAUCUUCGCGCCCGUCCGAGUGGACAAGAACCCCUUCCUCGGUCCCUUCCGUGCCUUCAGCAGCAGCAGCAGCAGCAGCGCCGUCGCCCCCAGCUGGGUGGCCCCGCGGCCGUACGAGCCCUUUACCUUCUUCUUCACCUCCGCCGUCGCCAACUUCGAGGUGUUGCGGGUCGCCUUCGCGCGCAGCCCCGCCACGGUGUGCGCUGCGGAUGUGGCGUACGUUGCGCCGCUCUUCUACGAAAAACAGACGGCACAGCCCAGCGAGUUUGAGGUGGUGCUGCCGUUCGCGGGCAACUACGCCGUCUUUCUCGGUCCCUACGCGAAUGGCGCCGACCCGAAUAUCACGCAGAGCACUCCACUCGUGGUGGGCCAGUGCGACCCGUGUCACUUCGUGCCGAACUACGCCUUGGUGGGCGGCAACGUCUCCCUGUCCUUCCCCAGCAGCGUGGGCAACUCUCUGUCGAAUGCGGAUGAAAUUCGUAUCUUUCCCGUCACGCAGGGGCUCGGGGGGCGUCCGUGUGAGGCGCCGGAGGGGCCCUACGCGGGUGUGACGCUGACACCGGUGGCGUCGGCCAGUACGCCAAACUUGACGGUGUUUACGGUGACUACGGGCACAGAGGCGGAGGCGAGCAAGUACCUGGGUGAAUACCACGUGUGCUACCGCAAGCUGUCGUCCUCGUCCAGUAGCAGCGGCAGUGCGGCGAAUGCGCGCUUCGCCGUCGUCGCCGAGAACAACGGCACGGCGUCGAUCUUCUCCAUUUACCCCGUCGACCUGCUGGCGGCAUCCGUGUGUCCCGCGUCGCCGAUGUUCGCCCUGGAGACGGCCGUGUACAACGUGACCGCAAAGGACCCUACCCGGUAUCCGAACGUGGACUUCGCCGCGGGGGAUCAGAUGGUGAUUGUCCCGACGGACGUGUUCAACAGCAGCACCGGGUGUGCGAACAUCACCGAUGUGCGCGCCUUCAUUGCUUCGACGGGCUUCCGCGCGCAGCAGCCGACGCUCGACACCUUCGGACGCGGCCGCUCCAACUGGCACCUCACCCUGGCCGCCCAGGAGGCCGCCACGAACUACGUCUGGUGCUUCAAAAUGCUGUACGACUCCCUCUUCCGCAGCAUCGCACCCGCGCCGCAGACCGUCGAGGUGGAGGACCCGGACGAGGUAACCACCAUCCCACCCGUCGUCCUGCCCGACUCGACCGGCGUGCAGUUCAUCAUCACCGGCACCGGCCUGGCAUCGACGGACGGCGUGUACAUCGUGCCGGCGUCGGAGUCGUGCGCGGAGACGUGCUAUCGCCCGCUGACGCCGACGCAGUGGACGGGGACGACGCACACCGUCACCUACGUGAACAGCACUACCGUUAUCGUCAACUUCGCCUCUGCGAUCAACACCGUGGUGACGCUCGGCGUGUGCUACCGCCGCGCCGGGCGGUACCUGACGCGGCUGGCGAAUAUCUACAUUGGGGAACCGAACCCGGUCUCGUACACGGUGAACUUCGAGCCGCAGGUUGGCACGCAGCCGACCCUCACCUUCACCGGCACCGGGCUGACCGCAACGGAUGCAAUGCUGAUUGUACAGCCAGGGGCGACGUGUCUGCUGCGCAACGCCGUGGCCGUUGGCACCUUCGUGUCCGUCAGCGGCGACGCAAAGACCAGCAGGUUCAACCUGACCCUCACACGGGGCGUCGUGGUGGCGCAGAGCUACACGGUAUGCUAUCAGAUCUCCACCGUCGGCGCCUACGUCGUGGUGCGGCCCUUGCUGCCUGUCCUGGACACCCUCCCGACUGCGGUGACGACGAGCAACACGCCGAUGCGGGGUCGUGCGACGGUGCUGAGCGUGGCGAACCCCCAGAUCGGCGACGAGAUGUACAUCGCGUGCCCGGGAUGCAGCUGCUACGACCUGCGGACGGCGACGGUGCCCUACGGCAGCCCCUCGGCAACGGCGACGGAGGUGCAUGCCAGCGGCAGCUCCUCGAGCGUUACCGUGACCAUCACCAUCCGCGUCGGCUUCAACGACACGCAGCGCUACCCGGUCUGCUACCGCCACUCCAACAGCGGCUACGCGCAGAUCGGCGGUCCCUCCUCCUUUGUCACCCCCGUCACGAACUCACCGAGUGCGGUGCUGCACCAGCCAGCCGCCGGUGCCCAAUUCCAGGGCCAGCGUCUCCACUACAACUUCUCCACCUACUCCGCCGCGGUGCCUCUGCGCAGCAGCGAUGCGGUGAUGCUCGUGCAGGCGGGUCGGCAGUGCUGGGAGACGCCGGCGAUGAGUACGAGCGGGAUUGUGGUGGGCACCAGCACUCUGACCAGCGCCGACGCCGCGGCGGGGGUAGGCGAGUGGGCGGCGCACAUCCCAUCGCUUGGCCCCGGCGUCCCACCCGACGCCACAACGCUCUUCCCGCUGUCGUACCUGCUGUGCUACCGUGAGUCGACGCAAGCGGAGUACGUGAGCGUGCCGUACGUGAUGCAGUCCACCGUGAUGGCGGCAGCGGAUCCGGUGACCUUCUCCACCGUGCCGGCCGUCGUGGAAACGGGCAUGUUGGGUGUGAACACGACCUUCGCCUACGCAGUGAAGGGUCAGGCGGGGGAUGAGGCCUACAUUGUGCAGUUCACGACGCUCACGAACACCGUUUGUGACGACGCCGCGUCGACUGUUAUCGCCACACUGAGCAGCGCCUUCCCCGUCUACACCUUUGGACUUUCCGGGGAGUCCGUUGUCGGCAACAACAACACGGCGAUGUGCUACGUGCGCGCUGAUGGGACGGUGGCCGAGGUGCCGCAGCUGCUGCCGAUCGUGCAGGGCAACCCGACCGGGUAUGUGACGAACAUUACAGCGGGGCAGCAAGCGUUGCAGCGGCAAUACAUUCAGUUCACCAUCCGCGGCACCGGCCUCAGCGCCACGGCGGACUCGGUCGUGUUUACCGACGUGCACUGCGCGGAGGCUCCUCCCCCCCCCACCCCGAGUCCCUUCCUCGCCCGCCAGGGAGAUGCGACGUCCAACGGCACCGCCUACGUGGUCGAGGCGCAGUUCAUCGCCUCCCGUAGCCCCAUAAGCAUAUACGUGUGUUACAGGCACAACUCGGUGUGGCGUGAGAUCGGCCAGCAGCUGGUGCUGUACCCCCCGCGACCGAGCACGGUGACGGUCUUCUCCUCCACCGGCUCCGGUAACAUCCCGCGUGUCGGUCAGCACAUCUUUCUGAUGUUGAACGACGCCCUGCACACCUUGGCGACGGGGGCGGCGGUGCUGAGCGCGCGGCCGACGGGGGCCGGCACGUGGUGCCAUAACUUCACGGCGGCAGACGUGCAGGAACAAGCGCUGGUCAUCCAGACGCCGAGUCUGCUGAGUGUGCCGGUGUGGGAGACCCCCGGCCUGUCUCGGCUUUGCGUGUUGAGCAACAACACCGUGCCGUGGUCUGACGUGGCCGCCACGGUGGACGCGGCGAGCAUUUACAUCUUUCCCGCGAACCCGUCCAGCAUGGACGUCUACCCGGCGCCGCCGCGUGUGGGGCAGAGGGUGACGCUGACUUUUCACCUCGUGGUGAACGCCAGCGCGCAGGACGCGGUGAAGAUCACGACGGUGGAUCACACCGCGUGCGACGAGGCGGUGGGCGUCCCCGGCUUGGAGGACGUCAUGCUCGUCUCCCGCGUGGUAAACGAAUCGACGACGACCAUCACGCUCGUGGAUACGACGGACCCUCUUGCCUACCGCAGCUUCAACAGGACCGGAAACUAUCGGGUGUGCUACUUCAGCUACAGCGCGCUGACGUGGGGCGUCGUCGGGGGGACGCUGGCGGCCGGCACCGUCACGGUCGUCGAGGCAGUGCCGCAGUCGUGGAGCAUCGCAAGCGGCUCUGCGCAGGUGGGUCAGUCCUUCGCCCUCGCCUUCUAUGAUACAUUGGGCGUCCUGCAGCCGACGGCCGGCCGUGAUUUGGUCUGGGCCGCUCCGUCCACGGUGAACUGCGCCCAGGACCCGCACACCUGCACGGGCUGCCUUAUCUUUGAGUGGGACACGACGAAGUCGAACGCGAGCGUGGCGGUGACCUCGGCCAACGCCACCGUGCGCGUCGGUGAGAUGAACCUGUGCUACCGGCUCAGUAACGCCACCGCCGCCCUCGUACCCGGCUCGCUCAACAUCACAACGGGUCCGGUGCAGUGUGUGGAGCAGACGUCGUUCAUAUCCGGCCAGCGUCAGGAGGUGACCUUCCGGCUGCAGGAGGGCACCAACGUGACGGACGACUCGUGGCGGCUGUCCUUCUUCGCCACGACGGCGUUGAACUGCCAGGACCGCUAUGUGGGGGACUUCGUGCCGGGUUUGGCGGUGUUACAGUCCACCACCUCGACCGCCGCGACGUACUCGGUGGUGUGGCCGGUGGGCCUGGGCGUGGACACGGACCGCUACACCGUCUGCUACGACCACAACGGCGUCAUCGGGACAGUGUGCACGUGUGGGCAGAUCGACGCGAACACGGGGGAGUGCUACCUCAUGGCGACGCCCGGCUCUCCGCAGAGCUUCACCCCGACACCGCAGCCGACCUACGUGGGCCAAGCCAUCACGCUUACGUUUGCGAUCAACGAGUCCAUGACCGCCUACCCGCCCACGGCAAUUAAGUUUGUGACAUACACGAACGAGCUGACCUCGUGCGACGCCGACGCCGCCUUCACGCCUGUCGGGGCGGUGCUGACCCGUGUCAGCUCCACCGUCUACACCUACGCCUUCAAGCACGACUAUACGCUCGGCACAUCGACGCUGCUGGUGUGCGCCCUGACCGACCUCUCCCCCACAUACGCCCGUGUUGCCUCAACGAUCAAGCCUUCGUCGCCGACGUCGAACAACACGCUGUGGAUACGGCCCUUCUUGACGCUCAGCACGUUUCCCUCGUCCGCGGACUAUCUUCGCGCGCUGCAGACGCUGAACUUGACCUUCACCAUGACAAGCCGGCGGACGGACGACCUCGUGAACGCCGCGGAUCAGUUCACCUUGGUCGGCGACCCAGCAAACUGUGUGGAGUCGUACAUCGACGGCCAGGACCCGGUGACGCAGAUGGCGAUGUUUGUGCUGACAGACGUGGCCUUCCUGACGCUGCCGUCCGCCGUGCUGAGCGCCAGCCCGACCGCCUUCACCUCCCGCACGCUCGCCACCUUCGCGAACUCAACGACCGGGAAGGGGGUGCACUACUUCUGCUACAAGCCAGCGGCGGGCACCUAUGCGCCGGUGCUUCCAGCUCUACCCAUCGGCGACGCCCUCUUCACCGGCUGCGACGUGACGGAGAUCGUCAGCCCCGGCAACGGCGACCUCAGCGGCAGCCUGCGCGCUAUGUACUACGCCCCCACGACCAUUCUCGGCACGACGGUGUUUGCCACGCUGGCGAACACCUCAGUAGAUGCGAUUCGGGUGGUACCGCAGAAGGAGUGGUGCACGAACGACGCCGCGGUGGUCUUCACGACGUCCCUCGCCGCGACCACCACCCCGGCAGACCUCAACACGGUGUUCUUCGCCUCACUGCCGGGCACGUAUAAGGUGUGCUACCGUUUUGGAACGGCGACGACGAACUGGAGCCCGGCGUGCCCGGGCCUGGCCGUGACGAACGCCACGCCGGUUGGUGCGGCGACUGGCUGCUGGAAUGUCGGGCAGACACUGCAGGUCAACUUGAGCAACCCGGUCACGGGGCACGUCUUCAACGCCGCCGACCGCCUCCGCUUCAUCGCGGGAACGCUGCCGUGCCUGGAGCCAAACCGGUCCAUCGUCACGGCGUCACCGACCAUCACCGUCGGCGACGCCGUCCAGCCCCCAACCGGCUUCGUUCUCGCGAACGUGUCUACCGGGCAGACGACGUAUGCGGUGUCGGACGUCUUCCUCCGCAUGGGUACGACUUCCGUGCGGCUGUGCUACACCGAUGCCGCGGGGAAUGAAUUUGCCAUCCCAAUGGACUACGCCAACCGGCCCGGUCAGUCAAGCGUUGUCGUGCAGGGACGCCAGCCGGGCUCCUUGCGAUUAGACCAGCGCUACCUCCAGGUGGGUCAGCGACUGCUGUUGAACUUCAGCUCCGCUGGCUCGACUGUCACGCCGCCGCUGGUCCCGUACGGUACGCUGCCGUCGCCCUACACACCCGGGCCCGCCUUCAAUGGAACCUUCGACGGGGCGACGAUGCUGCCCAUUUCGAACUCGGCAGCGUACGUUGAUGGUCGGUGUGCGGCGGCGUUGCGCUCCGGCACGCUGGUCCCCACCGACUUCCUGGGCGUCUACGGCCCGACACAGGCGGGCGGCUCGACGAACAUCGUCCCGUACACCGUGGGCAGCUACGACCCGACCGUGCCGCAGUACUACAUCACGUGUUAUCAGCUGGCGACAUGUGGCGUGGUGGACAGCGGCGACCCGCUGCGGGUGUACGGUGCGAACCCGUCGAACGUCUUCACUGUCACGGCGGUGCCCCGGCGCGGUCAGCUCAUCAUUGUGUUCUUUGAUCGCGACACGUCGUCGCCAAACGCGGUCCACCUGACACCGAAUGGAGAUCGCGGUGCGAAGCAGGCGAACCUGGCCGCGUGCUGGUCCUUGAGCAACACGGCCGGCACCGUCGUCGUCGGCACACCCGAUCGGACGAACUUCACGACCAUCUUCCCCGCACAAGCGCCAGCGCGGGCCGCGAACACGUCGACGCGCAGCUGCUACCGGCUGGUCGACGGCAGCUGGUCGGAGGUGCCCAACGGCGUCGCCGUUGUCCUGCCAGCAAACCCGACCAACUUCGAGACGCUGCCAACGUCGGCGCGAGUGGAUCAGGUGAACUACAUCCGCUUCCACGGUAGCGGGCUCGGGGCGACGGACCGCAUGAAGAUCAUUGCGCAGUCGUUGAACUGCAGCGAGGACUCCGUGCCGCCGAGCACGUUUGCCGCCUACACCGCCGCAAGCCCCACCACACCCACGACGGCGACGUCGGCCGGCUGGACCGUGAUGGAGGCGAGCAGCGACGGCACGACGACGACACUGAACUUCACGGCCAGGGCGACCGGCACGUACAGCGUGUGCUACCGACUGGCGACGGACACGGUGUGGACGCUGGUGUACGCAGACCUCGUCAUCUACGAGCACAACCCCGCCAACGUAACUCGCACCCCCGUGGCGUCGCUGGAGGGGGAGCUGUUCACGCUCAACUUCACCGCCUCCGCGCAAGGGCAGUCCGGUAUGUCGGCGAAGGAUCGUGUGGUGCUCUACUUCGGCAACGAGGUGAACUGCGUCGCGCCGACCGAGGAGCAGAUCGCGCCAUCCGUCAGCGCCGCGCCGUCCCGCACGGAUCGCUUGCCGAACUCCCUCGCCUUCCAGAUGGCCGCCGGCACGCGAGGCAGCUACACCCUGUGCUACCAGAUGGCGUCAGCCACGGCGCCCGGCGGGUACACGACGGUGUGGGGCUACGACACGGUGGUGAUCGCGGCGAACCCGGAAAACGUGACCCUCUACCCUAUCCGCAGCGGCACCGCGGCGACAACGGUGUACCGUGCGAACGAGUUGCUGACGUACGUCUUUGGCGGCUGGGGCCUCGUGGCGACGGCGGACAAGACAGACGAGGUAAAGCUGAUUAGUGCCAGCUCGCCGUCCGCCGUCGUGACAGACACCAUGUGCCAGCAGACUGACUCUGCAUCGGCCAUCUCUUACAACGGCUUCUACGCGAACGGCACGUACGCCGUGCAGGUGUGGCGCGCGUCGUCGGCAGCCGUCGGCACGCAGUACGCGGUGUGUUACAAGCUGAAUGGCGGUCAGUACCACGUGAUCGGCGACGUUGUGUCGAUCACCGAGGCGGCGAACCCGAGCGGCGCCACGUCGCCCAAGAUGACCGGUCUCACGACAACGCUCUCGGUUGGGGAGUCCAUGUCGUGGACGCUGACUGGAGCGUCGACCGGCUCGUGCGCCGCAAAUGAAGCCGCUAUCUUCUACAGCGAUAAGAACUGCAGUGACGUGCCGUACUACGCGAACGUGUCCGCCGUGCUGACCUCUAUCGCAGCCACCAACGAUGCCGCAGUGGUGGACAACCUCUUCCCCGCAGGCGCCGCCAUCGUGACGAACUGCAGUGCCGCAACCUUGGUGCGCGUCCCCUCGGCCUACACCUUCCCGCGCGGGGCGACCUCCUCGACCUUAUCGGUGUGCUACCUGAGCAACGGCACCGGUGUGGUGUCUGUCCUGUCUGACCGCAGCAUCGCCCUCUCGGCGGGGCAGCCGCCCGUGCUGAACACGACGCUGUCGGUGCCCGCACAGGAAGUGUUCACCGUGAACCUGACCGUCAUCCCGACCACGGCGGAUUGGGCAGUGCUGGUGGCAGACGCAAACAGCUGCGUUGGCAUCACCCCGCCGACGAACGACGCGUACUUCACGAACAUGACCUACAACGCAGGCAGCGGUGUGACGGCCGUCACGGCCGCCGUGCCCGGCGCGGGGAUGUACCACGUGUGUUACUCGCACCCGUCGGACGUCUGCGCGGCCGGCACGGGUCGGGAGUGCGCGCGUGUGGUGGCGACGGUGGCCGCCACGGCAAGCAACCCGCAGAGCUGGAGUGGGACGCCGUCGCCGGUGUACGUGACGGGCUCCGUGGCCAUCACGAUGACGUUUUCGAGCAGCGCAGAUGGCGCGGCUCAAGGCACGACGGCGACGGCAUGGCUCGCGCCGAUUCUCAGCCGCAGCAGCGGUGGAACGACACCGGCGCCCUCUGCCUCCUUGAGCAUGAUGGAUGUGUGGGCCUCGUGCACCGCUACGCGGGCGGCGACCGCGCCCUCCCGCCUCAACCUUACCUUCGACAGCACAUCCGGGGCGUGGACGAUGCGCAGCGCCUUCACGGCCUCGGGCAGCUACGCCCUGUGCUACACCGCGCAACCCACGGCCGCCUUGCAUCUCUUUGGUCCGCUCGGAAGUGCCGGUCCGGUUGUGGUGCCCAGCACCGUCGCCACCGUGACGCUCCCGCCCUCCGUGACGGUGGCGAACACGAACACGAUCGUUCUGACGGGUGGUGGACUCUCGACAAGCGAUGGCGUGGUCGCGGUGGCCGUGCCCAGGGCCGCCUCCAGCGGGUCCUCGGCAACGCCGUCCUCCUCCGCCGCUCUUCCGGCGGACAUCUGCACCAACACGGCGUACACGCCCCGCGUUCCAGCGACGAGCUCGUCGGCGUCGCCCGCCACAAGCGGGCUCAGUACGCUCCUGUCGAACAUCGUCUUCAACACCACCGGCAAGUACGUGUUGUGCUACACGGCGACCUACGGCGGCACCACCGCGGACGAGGCGUCCAGUAGCAGCGGUGCGACGAGCGGGACACCGGUUCUCAUCACAGAGACCCCCUUCGCGGUCGUGUCCAGUGUGCUCGGCAUGACGGUGGUCAGCCCCGCCCUCGAGGUGGGGGUGCCUUUGGAGCUCCUCUUCUCCGGCAAUGGGCUGGCCACAUCGGACACCGCCGCGCUCGUGUACAUCGGCAACGCAACGACCCCUCCCACCGUGGCCACGGUGUGUGAGAGCAGCGGCGUCACCUACACACGGAUGCAGUCCGCAAACGCAGCCGGCACGACGGCGACCUAUGUCACCACGCCAGCGCGGCAGGGCCUUCACAUGGUCUGCUUCCGCGCCUCUGCGGAGGCGACGCCGAUCCUGCUGCCGACGCAGCUGAACAUCGGCGUGCAGACGGCUGCUCGGGCGGUAUUUUCGGUGCAACCGGGCGGCUGCACGGCACUGCAGGUGUGCAGGGUGCAGCCGACCGUGACGCUGCUGGACUCGUCGAACGUGUCAACGUCGGCGCCGUUCUGCACACUCGCGAUGAAGCUUUAUAUGAGCGAUGGGACGACGGAGGCGCCGCCGGGGUACCUGUCCGCUGGCACCGCUUACCGCGAGGUCGACUUCACGAACUUCACCUUCUACGCCCUACGCAUCUCCACCGCAGGCACGUACGUGAUGCGGGCCAACGUCACCCUCGCCAGCGGCCAAACCCUCCUGGCGAGCUCGACCCCGCUUACCGUGGACGACGCCAGCAGCGGGACGGCGAGCGUCGCGUCCGUUGUGUGUGUGCCACCUGAUAUUCUCGAUCGCACCACACGCGAGGGCGCGAGCGCGGUUAUUGAUUGCAUGAUCACCGCCCUGGUCAGCUCCGCACCGGGCAACUACACCAUCGUGGCGAACGCGGGCGCCGUCUCGACUGUUGUCCGCAACGGCACCACGCCGGGUGGGCUGCCGACCUACCAAUUCUCCGUCACCCCGCCGGCCGUCUCGGCGACGUCGAUCGUGAACUUCAUAGCGAUGGUCGUCACGCCGGCCGCGCCCUACGAGAGCUGGCCGGUGGAGAACUCGCCCGUCACGGUGCGGCUCACCACCGCCCCGUCUGCGCUGACAACGCUGCAGUGCGCCGCCUCAGGCAGCACGGCGACGCUGCCGCUGCCGAACAUGAUACGCGUCGGUGCCUCCCUGCAGUGCGGCGUGCAGGGCGUCGCGAGCAUCAGCGGCGUGCCGGUGAACAUCGUGGCCCCGCCGGAUGACUUAACGGUCACGCAGUACUCUAACGGCGACUCGGGCGCUAGCAAGCCGGUCGACAUCGGCGCCUUCCCGGUAGACGUGAACGGGCUCUACUCAUUUACGUUGGCGCCGAGCAGUGCCCUGAACUUCUCCGUGGCUGGCACGGUACUGGUGACGACGGGCGGGACGCCGACACCGCACGCGAUGGUGAACAGCCCGGUGACGUACAUCCUCAUUGGCGUCCCCACGGCGGGCGCGUCGAGGCUGACGUGUGUCUCGACGCGCACGGGUUCCGCGCUGUGGUUCGCGCCGGCGGAGCCGCUGCUCUGCACCGCCACGCUGGCGAACGACCAAGGACGCGUGAACGGCCUGCAGGGCGACUACACAGUGGUGCUCCCGAACGGCGGUAGCGUCGUGACGGUGACCGACAGCGACUGGGGCCCGACGUUGGUGUGGAACCUCACGGCCCCACCGCAGCCGCAGGUCUCGGGUGUGGUGCAAGAAACAUCGGUGGCACGGCUGGUGGGACGGGCGGAGGUGGAGGUCCUCGCCGCGCCAGUGACAGAGAACUUCGGCGUUCAGGUGCGGCACACGGCGUCUGCCGCCACCAUCGGCACCUACUCCGGCGCGCUUGUCUACGUGACGCGUGUCGUGACACCGCUGCCGACGCUGACGAAAGGCGCGACGGUGAGCAUGACGCUCGUCGGCGUCGGUUUGGAUACGACACAUCGGUACGCCUUGGGUAACGACACGUCGUGUGCCACCGUGCAGGCAGAGGCGACCCCGAAAAUUGGCAACAGCGAGGGUGCGCUGAUUCUCACGUUCACGGUGCCGCCGUCGGUCUUUAUCAUCUGCUUUGCCCCGGCCGACGCCCGCAACUCGCUGCAGUCUCUCUUCACCACGCAAUUCACGCCGGAACCGUCUUCGUCUGGCGGCUCCUCGGGUGAUAAGUGGGUCGUGGAUGACUUGAUUUUGCUGAUCAUCGGGGUUGUAUUUCUCUUUAUCUUACUCGUUCUGUUGGUCCUGUUGCUCUGGUGUAUCUUCUGCUGCCGCGACGACGACGAGGACGAGGACAAGGUCGUGAAGGAGACGCACCGGGUGUCGCGGUACACCAUAAACAACACCACAACAUCAAUAACCAACCGUGGGACGCACGUGUAUAUGCCACCGCGCGCUAACACGCGUUAUGUGUUGGCCAUGACAGACACCCCUCCUACCCAGCCCGCACCGCUUCCGAUUGAGGCCUUGUCAUCGCAGCAGCAGCAGCUGCCGUCUCCGUCCCCUGCCCCCUCACCACAACCGCAGCAGGCACCAAACAACGUCAACACCGCCACGACCAACUCUAGCACGAAGGUACGCAUCAACAUCCACGACACCGAUACCGCCACCGCACCGCCUGCCGUCAACAACGAAGCCGUUGCCGCCGCACCGAAACUGACAGCGCCAGCACCAGCACUAGCUGAUCCGCCCUCUGCGUCCUCGACGCUCUACUCUAGCAGCAGCGGCCUCCACCGCCGUCACCGCCACCGCCGCAGCAGCAGCAGCGCAGCGAGCACCAGCAGCAGCAGCACGAUCCCGCGACAGCCGCACCAACACCACCACCCACUGAAACGCAACGACCCCGCGCAGGUUCCUCCGCUGCCGCCCAGCAGACUCAAGUCGGACUCGCGGUACACCGAGCUGGACCAGCCCGUCCCCGCAGCCCCCUCCGACUCCAGCGGCGACCUUCCUCAGUCUACCAACACGGCGAGGCGACAGUCCUUGCCGCCGCUGCCGCCGCCGCCGCUGGUGCCGGCGGGGUCGGCUCCUGUGCCGUCCGCAAAGCCCAUUCCGACGCCGUCAUCGCCGCCGUUGCCGCUCCCGACGACCCCCGCAGGGCUCGUGCAGAGCCCACAGAAGACCGCACGGACACCGCCACCGGUACCGGCAUCCGCUGCGUCAAGUUUGCCGCCGCUGCCGCCACCACCGACGGUUCCGACGGCGACGCCUGCGGACGGCCCCGCACGCAACUCCACCCCGAUGGGUCGCUCACUGAGCACGAACAGCGGUGAGGAGGAGAUGGUCGGGCCCUUCCGGGUAACAGGUCACACCUCGACCCCGAUGGUGCGUUCGCCGGCGUCGUCGCGGCACACGUAA